AGGCUAUCGAAAUUAUUCAGAAAGUCACAUCUAAACAUAUCUCAUAUCUUCAGCUUUCGAUUUUAACCUUAAAAUUUGUUACCUUAAAAUUUCCAAGUAAAAUGGAAAAGGAAGCCGUUGCUCGCCUACAUUUUUAUACACAUCUAGCCGAUAGCCGAUACUAUGCAGGAUUAGCGGCAUAUUAUCCAUCGAUUGAGGCUUACAAACCAGAUAUUAAUGUGGAGAAUAAUCUGAAUGGCACCAGGGUGGAGCAGUCCUCGUUGGUGGUUCAGGAGGAGCAAAGUGAUACCCAUAUUAUAGAGAUGGAAUCACACCGACGUAACUUAAUGUCACCGAAGGUGUGCAAGGGCGUCAUGUGGAUUCAGAUGGUAACCGCCAGUGUCAUCUGCCUGGUGUGGUGUCUUGCACAAUUGAAAUAAUGUAGCAAAUAAAAUUCCAAGUUGGAUACUCUGAAGAUAA